UUAUGUAUUUUUUCCCCCCUUGUAUCGUCUUUCCCUUUAAGAUGGAUGAAACGUUGUUACAUAUCUCAGUGAACAUUGCUUCAUGACAUCUCUAGGUGAAGAGUCAGCUGAUAGAAAUGUAAGGCUUUCGGUGAAGAUUACUCGGGUAUUUUCAUAGAAAGACUUUGAUUGAGCAGGUUCGGCGGCAGGAAGAGAAGAGAGGGAGAGAGCGAGAGGAGUGUUUCAUUGUAACAACCGAAGUCUAGCCUACAGUACGGUAACUACAGCGCUAUGGAUGUAGACGUGGUGAACAUGUUUGUCCUGGCGGGAGGAACUCUAGUCAUCCCUAUCCUGGCCUUCUUUGCCUCAUUCUACAUGUGGCCUGCUGCUAUCAUCCAUGUCUAUAACUGGUACUGGCGUCGGCGGCUGGGCCUGCAGGUUGUCUACUCUGAGAACAGAGGCUACCGGUUCUGUUACUCCUACAGAGGGAAGCCUGGUCCAGGCCGCCCCUCUAUUCUCAUGCUCCACGGCUUUUCUGCUAACAAGGACAUGUGGCUGCCUGUGGCUAAGUUCCUGCCCAAGCACCAGCACCUGCUGUGCGUUGACAUGCCCGGACACGAGGGCACCAGCCGCACCGAUGCCAGAGACUAUUCCAUAGAGGGACAGGUCAAGAGGAUACGACAGUUCGUGGAGAGUGUCCGUCUGACCAAGAGGCCCUUCCACCUAGUGGGCACAUCCAUGGGAGGAAACGUUGCCGGAGUAUACGCUGCCCGUUACCCCAACGAUCUUUGCAGUGUCACCCUCAUCUGUCCGGCAGGUCUUCCUAACGAGAGUCCGUUUGUGGAGCGUCUGAGGGAACUGGAGAAGGACCAGGAACUGAGUGGUAGCCUGGAUCCCCAGGGCAUUCCUCUGAUCCCCUCUACCCCAGAGGAGAUGGAGGAUAUGCUCAAACUCUGCUCUUUCGUACGCUUCAAGAUCCCUCAACAGAUUCUUCAGGGAUUGGUGGAUGUUCGAGUUCCCAACAACGACUUCUAUAGAGAGUUGUUCAUGGAGAUCGUAGGAGAGAAGUCCAGACACUCUUUACAUGAGAACAUGCAUCUGAUCUCAGUCCCAACACAGGUCAUCUGGGGGAAGCAUGACCAGGUGGUGGAUGUGUCUGGAUCAUCUAUGCUGAAGGAAGCCGUCUCUGGCUGUCAGGUGGACCUGCUGGACAACUGUGGUCACUCUGUGGUGAUGGAGCGACCUCGCAAGACAGCUCAGCUCAUCAUGGACUUUAUCAAUAACCAACACAACACUGGCUCUGGCUCUAACAACACCAAGAAACUCUCCUGAGACUGACUACCUGGAGCUCAGACUUUUAUAGUGCCCGUUUCCCGGACAAGGUUAAACCUAGUCCUAGACAAAGAAGCACUUUCAAUGGGGGUUUGAUCUCCAUUGAACAUGUGUUUCAGUCAGGGACGAGGUUUCAGUCAGGGACUAGGGUUCAGGUUUCAUUCUGGACAAGAUUUCAGUCAGGGUUUCAGGUUUCAGUCAGGGACUAGGUUUCAGUCGGGGUUUCAGGUUUCAGUCAGGGACUAGGUUUCAGUCAGGGGGUUUCAGGUUUCAGUCAGGGUUUCAGGUUCCAGUCAGGGGGUUUCAGGUUUCAGUCAGGGUUUCAGGUUUCAGUCAGGGUCUCAGUCAGGGUUUCAGGUUUCAGUCAGGUACUAGGUUUCAGUCAGGGGGUUUCAGGUUUCAGUCAGGGUUUCAGGUUUCAGUCAGGGUUUCAGGUUUCAGUCAGGGGGUUUCAGUCAGGGACUAGGUUUCAGUCAGGGACUAGGUUUCAGUCAGGGUUUCAGUCAGGAGGUACUAGGUUUCAGCCAGGGUUUCAGUCAGGGACUAUGUUUCAGUCAGGGAGCAGGUUUCAGUCAGGGACUAGGUUUCAGUCAGGGUUUGUCAGGGUUUCAGUCAGGGACUAGGUUUCAGUCAGGGUUUCAGUCAGGGACUAGGUUUCAGUCAGGGACUAGGUUUCAGUCAGGGAGCAGGUUUCAGUCAGGGACUAGGUUUCAGUCAGGGUUUGUCAGGGUUUCAGUCAGGGACUAGGUUUCAGUCAGGGACUAGGUUUCAGUCAGGGACUAGGUUUCAGUCGGGGACUAGGUUUCAGUCGGGGACUAGGUUUCAGUCAGGGUUUCAGUCAGGAGGUACUAGGUUUCAGUCAGGGAGCAGGUUUCAGUCGGGGACUAAGUUUCAGUCAGGGUUUCAGUCAGGAGGUACUAGGUUUCAGUCAGGGACUAGGUUUCAGUCAGGGACUAGGUUUCAGUCAGGGACUAGGUUUCAGUCAGGGACUAGGUUUCAGUCUGGGUUUCAGUCAGGAGGGACUAGGUUUCAGUCAGGGUUUCAGUCAGGUACUAGGUUUCAGUCAGGGUUUCAGUCAGGGUUUCAGUCAGGGACUAGGUUUCAGUCAGGGUUUCAGUCAGGAGGUACUAGGUUUCAGUCAGGGUUUCAGUCAGGAGGUACUAGGUUUCAGUCAGGGACUAGGUUUCAGUCAGGGACUAGGUUUCAGUCAGGGAGCAUGUUUCAGUCAGGAGGUACUAGGUUUCAGUCAGGGACUAGGUUUCAGUCAGGGUUUCAGUCAGGAGGGACUAGGUUUCAGUCAGGGUUUCAGUCAGGGACUAGGUUUCAGUCAGGGAGCAGGUUUCAGUCAGGGUUUCAGUCAGGAGGGACUAGGUUUCAGUCAGGGUUUCAGUCAGGGACUAGGUUUCAGGUUUCAGUCAGGGUUUCAGUAAGGUACUAGGUUUUAGGUUUAAUCUGUGUCCAGGAAACCAGCCUACAGUGAGCGUUUAUCUGUAAAAAAUCUAAUAAUCUGUAAAUUAUCUUGUAAUAUUUUUCUAAUCUAGUCCUCAGGGAAUGAGCCCAUCAACCAGCUGGCUGCUGUUUCAUGCUUGAAUUUGAUUAUAAGGCGAAGGAAGACUGUGUAAAAUACUGGGAUACAAUAUUGUGACAUUGCAUUUAUUUAGUGAUUUAUAAGGACCUUAAUUUAAAAUGUUAUAUUCUUUGUUUAAUUGCCAAUGUGUUACUAACUUACUUACAUGAUUUUGCCAAAACAUGAUUUUAUACUUAAUUUGAGUUUGUGUUACCUCUGAGUCAGCUGAAGGACUGUGGUUGGAAGUGUCUGAGACUGUUCCCGCCUGAAAACACAGGAAGUAAAGGAAGACGCAAACUCAAACUACUAGUUGUUGUUGUUAGUUUGAUUUGUCUUGUUGAAGGUUGGUACACGGUCUUAUUAUUAACCACAGACAACAUAUUACACCUUGUACAUUAGGAACAUAUUGAAGAAAACAUUUGUCAUUGUGUUUUACGAUCAAAUAAAUGUUAUUUAAAACAAUGGAGCUACAAUGACGUACGUUUUUGUAAUAUUAUUAUUAUUAACUUAGUACUUUUUCUUCAAGUGCUGCUAUACCCUGUUAUAUGUGAUAUAACCUGUUAGUAUCGAUGCAUGACGAUAGAGUAUCGAUGCAAUGAGACACAACAGCCAAUGCCUGCAUUGUUUCAAGUUUGCUUUGUUUUGUUUUAGCUGAUGCCAUGUCAUUAAGUUACACUUAGAGACAAAAAAAUAAUAAUAUUUGUGACACUUUUGUUAUCCUUGUACAUGUUAAUGCAUUGUCAAACUCAAUGUUUUUGCUUGUUCACGUAAAGCACAAAAUAAAACUCUUUUCUCAUGCUGACAUGAAA